AUGAAAAUAACCAGGGCGAUUAGUCCUGCGAAGAGAAUAUUUUGUGCAACAAUACUACAAAAGUCAAAAACUUUUCUUCAGUUGUGUUGGGAGGCUUUAAAGGAUAAAGUCUGGUCAUAUGUGUAUGCAGCCGUUGUUUCAUUGGCUCUAGGGUUGUAUGAGACUUUCGGAAGUGGUACCCAUUACGAUGACGAAGGUAAACCAAUACCAAAAGUUGACUGGGUUGAAGGGGUGGCCAUUUUGGUUGCCGUCUGUAUUGUUGUUUUGGUUGGUGCUGCCAAUGACUACCAAAAAGAGCGACAAUUUGCUAAAUUGAAUGCCAAAAAGGAAGAUAGAGAAUUGAUUGUUAUAAGAAAUGGCGGUGAACAAAAAUUGAUUUCCAUUUACGAUUUAUUGGUUGGUGAUGUCAUUAAUUUACAAACUGGUGAUGUUGUGCCGGCUGACUGUAUCUUACUUCAAGGUGAAGUUGAAUGUGACGAAAGUGCUUUAACUGGUGAAUCUCAUACUAUAAACAAAGUCCCUGUUGAUGAAGCAUUACAAAUUUAUGAAAGCAAGUUACCAACCGAUGAAGAUCUCGGAAGUACGACUGUUAAAUUUCGUGAUCCAUACUUAAUAUCUGGUGCUAAAGUGUUAUCCGGUUUGGGUAAUGCUGUUGUCACUGCUGUCGGUACUAAUUCUAUUCACGGUAGAACUAUGAUGAGUUUAAAUCACGAAGCUGAAACUACACCAAUGCAAGUUAGAUUGGAUAAUUUGGCUGAAGGUAUUUCCAAAUACGGUUUCCUUGCUGCAAUCGUGUUAUUUGUCGUUUUAUUUAUCAGAUUCUGUGUUGAAAUUGCUCCAGGUGGUUCUCUACAUGAUGUAAACUCAACCGAUAAGGGUAAAAGAUUCAUUGAUAUCAUUAUUACUGCUGUCACCAUUGUUGUUGUUGCUAUUCCAGAAGGUUUACCAUUGGCCGUUACCUUGGCUUUGGCAUUUGCCACUACUAGAAUGGCACAAAAUGGUAACUUGGUCAGAGUUUUAAAAAGUUGUGAAACCAUGGGUGGGGCAACUGCUAUUUGUUCUGAUAAAACAGGUACUUUAACUGAAAAUAAAAUGAGAAUUGUUAAAGGUUUCUUUGGAUUGAACAAAUCAAAUGAACCGUUGGAAUUCAAUGAUACUGCUACAAACCAACACGACCCAACUUCAUUAGAUGUUCUUGAACAAAUCACACCGGAAUUGAAAGUUUUUUUGACUACAAACAUUACCCUUAAUUCCACUGCAUUUGAAAAUUCCGAGUAUGAUGAAGAAAAGGCUAAGCUUGCUAAACAAAAACCAGUUCAAAAAAGUUUUCUUGCCAGUCUUUUCAAAAAGGGUCCACAAUCUAACAAGUUUGAACAAAUGGGUACUGUUGAUGAACCAUAUUUGGGUAACAAAACUGAUUCUGCUUUGCUUAUUAUGGCCAAAGAAAAGUUCCAUACUUUUUCUUCUGGAUCUUUAGAUACCAUCAGACACAAUAAUGCCACUGACAUUGUUCAAGUUAUUCCAUUUGAAAGUUCCCGUAAGUGGGCUGGUGUUGUAAUGAAGAUUACAAACGGUUACCGUGUUUAUGUCAAAGGUGCUGCUGAAAUUGUGUUCAAGAACUGUGGAUACGAAAAUAAUGUUAACGAUGAAUUGAUCAAGUUGGACAGAACCAAACGCGAAGAUGUCUUGUCCAAGAUUGAUGAAUAUGCCAACGAUGCCUUGCGUGCCAUUGCUUUGGGACACCGUGAUUUUGUUGGUAUUGAUUCUUGGCCACCAAAAGAACUUUCCUUGGAAAAUAAUAACAAGGAAGCCGAUGCCACUAAAUUGAUUGAUGUUAGUUCUGCUGCCAGUGAAAUUCACAAGACAUUUGUUCUUGAUGGUUUGGUUGGUAUUCAAGAUCCAUUGAAACCAGGUGUUGCCGAAGCUGUUUUGCAAUGUAAACGUGCCGGUGUUACUGUUAGAAUGGUCACUGGUGAUAAUAUCAACACUGCCAAAUCCAUUAGUAAAGAAUGUUUCAUCCUUACCCCUGAUGAUUUAUCCAAUGAAUAUGCCUGUAUGGAAGGUCCUGUGUUUAGAAAAUUGUCUCUUGAAGAUAGAAACAAGAUUGUUCCUCAAUUGAGAGUUUUGGCUAGAUCUUCUCCAGAAGAUAAGCGUAUUCUUGUUGAUACUUUAAGAAAAUCGGGUGAAGUUGUUGCUGUUACUGGUGAUGGUACUAAUGAUGCUCCAGCUUUGAAAUUGGCUGAUGUUGGUUUUUCCAUGGGUAUUGCCGGUACUGAAGUUGCUCGUGAAGCUUCUGAUAUUAUUUUGAUGACUGAUGAUUUCACUGAUAUUGUUCAAGCUAUCAAAUGGGGUAGAACUGUGGCCACUUCUAUCAAGAAAUUCAUUCAAUUCCAGUUGACUGUUAAUAUUACUGCUUGUGUCUUGACUUUUGUU